AUGGGGCGCUGCUGGAAAGCCAACGUCAUCAUGCAGCCGCAGAAUUUCUUUACCGACGUAUGCGAGCGUGCCAGCCGCCACGGUGAAGUGUGCCAGCGUGUCCUCCAAACCAUCUCCACACCCCCAAUGUUCAUCAUGGCCACCAUGCACAGCAUGUCCUUCGAGCCCAUAGGCACCAUCGCAUCGGGUGUAGUGCAUGAGCUGCCAGGUUGCCGCUUGGUGGUGCAGAUGCCCUCUCCUGACGAGCCUGUGCUCUGCUUGAUGCCGUGCGGCUGGAGAGCCAACGACUUCUUGAAGCCAGUCGCAGACUCCUUAAUGGUGAAAGGUGCGAGCGUGUCCUCCCAGCCCGUGUUCAAUAUGGCCGCUCUGCACAGCAUGUCCUUCGAACCCAUAAACACCAUCACAAUAGGUGAAAGGCAUGAGCUGCCAGGUUGCCGCUUGGUGAUCCACUCUCUCUCGCAUGACGCUGCCGACGAGGAUGGAAUGACUCCCAUAAAGCUGGCUGCUCUUUUCAACCAGCUCGAGGUUACGCGCGAGCUCAUCGCGAGAGGGGUGGACCCAUCUCCGGCAUUGGAGUUGGUGAAGAGGUUCAGUCGAUGUGCCAAGACGGCGGCGUACCUGAAGGAGGCUGUGGCCUCCUCUGCAGCAGCAUAG